CAAGAUUACAAUACGGCCAGCGGAACUUUGUGCUGUAUCACGCACGUGUGAUACGGGCGCGUUCUUUGCUUCAUUGUGCGUUGUUCGAUGCGAAUUAUGCAUUCAUGUCUCAGAAUACAGGCAAGGCGUUCAACGCCCUUAUACGAACUCACCACAUCACGUCCAAGAAGAAGAUUGCAAAGCUGAGGCAUGCAGCACAUGUACACAAUGUCUACGCGAUCUUGCACUCAGGUAAAUGCCCUGGCAUCAUGUACUGCGAGGGCAGUGAGGCUGGUGUGAAGAGCUGGGUUAGCAAUGUGCAAGGCCUGCGUUACAAAGAUUACCAUCUAGUUGCACGGCCAGCAGAGGCUCAAUUAACCCCCUCCGCGGACGACAGUUCAACGCGGGGAAAGCUCGUCGAGGUUUCGUCCGUGGCGAGUUUUGCUGGACACAUGGAGUCGCGUAGCAUUCUGGCCUGGUGGCGCAAGGCCAUGAAUUACACGCCUUGAGCAGCGCAGCGCAUCAAAUCAAAGAAGCAAUUGCUGAGCUCGCACGGUUCUGUCAAGCAGGGUGAUUCUUCGACCGUUGAGUCUCGCCAUGGGCAUCUUUUUCUACAACAGAUGCUCAGCGCUUCGACAGCGCUGAUUAUGAACAUCCCUGGUCUCCUUUGAUCUUCAUGAAUAUUUCGAAGAACUCCAUUACGUCUCCCGAGCCGUCGACGAUAUGCUCACCUCCCUCAAAUAGAAAAACGGGCACCCCUUGCACUCCGGACUCUCGAAUGGCAGCUGCUUCCAUGUCGACCUCCUUGUGAUCACUGCUUGAAGCCAGGUACGCCUUCGCUUCUUCGACAUCAAGACCGCAAUUUCGUGCAGCGUCGAGCAGAGUUUGUAUGUCGGUUAUGUCGCGCUCCUCUUUGAAUUGCAGCCGGAAGAGCUCGAGGGCGACGUCGUUUUGCAUGACCUGGCCUUUGGACUUUGCAAAGUGCAACAAAUGAUGUGAGAGCCUUGUGUUGCCUGUUUUCCCUCCAUACUUGAGUAUAAUACCCUCAGCACUAGCAAGGCUGGCCAUGUGUGCUUGCACCCGCUCCGCACUCGCCGCACCCAUCUGACUGACCAUCUUCUCUGUUCGACGCGAUAUCAACACCCCGUACCCAAGCUGGAUUUUCAGAGACAAAGCAAAUCGGGGCAUGGAAUACCUUGUAUGGGCACACCUUCUGUGGGUGCCUCGGGGUUAAGGUAGUACGGCUUCCAUUCAACGUUGAAUGUGUCAUUGGAGCCACCAGGGUACGUCUUCUGAUACACUUCAAUGGCCUUUUGAAGGCGCCUGUAGCCAAUAUAGCACCAUGGGCAUACCGUAUCAGAUAUGAUAGAUAUAUUGAAACUAGUCAUUGCUGUUGCCGUUGCUAUACCUUUGGCCGCUGCGGAGGGAAUGAUUGAGAUUCGGCGAUUCACCCCUCUUCCAUAGAUCUUCUUAAAUAUGUAGCAUUUCUGGGCA